AUGCCCCGCACCGCCCGUGGCCCUCGCCACCGCUUCCUCAACGACCACCAUCAAGACCUUCAGCAAGUCCGCAUCGGUUCUGCGGGUAUCAGCCGCAGCCACGAGGACGAGUACGACGAGCACAACGACGAUGACAACGCCGGCCGUGGAGGCUACAACGACGGCUUCCAGCAGCAUGACGAUUGGGAGGACUACGACGAUCGUAAGGAUGGGUGGGAGGAUAUCACCAAACAGCAUUGCUCCAACAUCUCUACUCCAGCCUACUUCCAUCCUCCGCAACUUCAACCUUCUCCUCGAGCUGGUCUCGUCUCCUUCUACUACAGCCUCCCGCCCGGCAGCACCUUUAGCCAUCAUCAACUCGCCCCAGCCAGACUCCCAACCCUCCCAAGGCUUCAGUCCCUUGAGUCCCACUCAACAAGCAUGCCUCCCUACACCCAACAUACCCGCAACCACCACCACCGCGCCUGCACCUGCGGCUGCCAGGCCCGCGCUCCCUGCCGCGCAGCACCCUGGCACAACACGCCGAACCAUCACCAUGUCGCCAUGCGGUCUCCGCCUCUCGAGCAGCACAACUCACCUGUGGACAGUCUCGCCGAGCCGGUGAGUCCUGAGCCGCGCAGACCGGAGGCAUGGAUGCCUUUCAGUGGAGACUUGGGUGACAGCGGAGAUGGAGGUUACGGAGAUGAUGAUGAGGAUAUUGAGAUGGAUCUGGACGUCAGCGUCGUUGACCUCGACGUCGAGGAAUUUGUUGAAGGCAACGGCUGGAACUGGGGCAACGACUGGAUCUGGGUGUUCGACGAGCACGAGAUCGAUGAAAUGGACGGUGAAAUGUCCGAGGCUGAUAGUCUUGGGUAUACCGGCGAUGAGUCUAGCGACGAAGGAUACGAUGGUGACGAUGAGAGGGAGUGGGAUGAGUGGUGGAAGGCGAAUCGCUAG